UAACUGUUUUCUUUGCAACUGGAGUGAAAACAUGUGAAUUUGGAAAUGUGUUUGACUGUUCUGUAAUGAACACAUCUGUUUCUAUUGAAUAUUUGUUGGAACCACAAAGGUCUUCAGCAAUAACAGGAUAAAAUUCAAAGUUAAUUAUCACAGAAUGGCAUCAAAAACGAAAAUUGCCAAACCAAGGCAAAAUCCUCAAGGAAGAGAUGAUAAGCUCUUGCAAUAUCAGGGAGAAAUGUCAGAUGAAGACUCUCCAUGCACAAGUUGGGAAGGCACUGAUACUCAUGAACCCUCUUUAUCAUACCGAGGUAUUCGUGUUGGAAGGAGUCCCAUAUCAAGCAAGUCACAGGGCUCUGCUGUGCAGAGGGAGGAAAAGAAAUCUGACGCACAGGAUAUAACAUCCAUAGAGUUUUGGACAGACAAAAAAUUUCUUGUACAAAUCAUAAUUUUUGGAAUAUUACAAUCGUUUAUGACAUGGGUUGUUCAUAGAUCGCUUCAAGGAAGUAUCACCAAUUUAAAAGCCUGUAGCAGAAGUUCAUCCAACACAGAAGAAUCUUUACGAUGUUCAGACUGUAUGUGUAUUGCCACCGACGGAUUUUCAUCAGGAGAGUUUAGAAAUAUCAUAAAAAAUCAGGAAGCCUUGUCAAAGGAGUUCAAACAGAAAACAAAAGAACUGGAAGAUAUGGAAAACAAACUUGCAGGAAUAGAGACAAAGGUUUCAGAGUUCACUGGUCUACAUGACAUUAAGGAAACUUUGCAGGAAAUAGAUACAGAAAUAAAAGUUAUGCCAGAAAAUCUUCAUUCAAAUAUAACAUCUUCCCUGGAAGAAUUAAUUGACAAUAGGGUAAAAGACAGACUUGACAGUAUUGAAAAUAAUAUGGGUGAGAAAAUUAAAAGUGAAGUCCAAGAAAAGAGUACCAGUCUUGAAAACAAAUUACAGGACAUUCAAGAACGAAUUACUGUGUCAGAAAGAAAUAUGGGCCAACUUAUUAAGGAUGAAAGGAGAGAGAGGACAGCCAAGUUUAAUGAAGUAGAGGAAACUGUGAAUAAUAUAAAAGAAUCAGCAUCCAAAAACUUCACUGAAGUAGAAUCCAAGUAUAAGGGAGUGGAAGGUCAACUAAACUAUUUCUUCAGAGAACUUAAAGAUAUCAAUAUUUACAUCGUGGGCUUUCUGUUGGUUUUGGUGGUGGUUGUCAUUUAUGUUGCCUACAAAAUCCUGCUCCCAAAAUCGCCCUCUGGUGAGGAUGGGAUUAGGCAGGUUACACAAAUUCAUGAUCCAUUACCAAGGUCCAGGGUGGGAGGACAGUCUCCCCCAGUGAAUAUUGAAAGAAUCACCAAGAGGUCACUAGACAGAAGCAUAGGGAUUAUUAGUUUUAACACUUCUACACAGCAAUUUCAUCAAGAUCUAAUGAGUAAAGUUUCUAAGCCCAGAUCUUUGGAUCUCCUAUCGAGUUUUAUCCAUCGUUCAAAUGACAUCCCACACACCACCCCCUCCAAGGUUGUGUUUAUAUUUGUUGACUUUAACGAGAGGAACAUUAUCCUGGAGGACCCAGAGACAGAAAUAGGUGACAUCAGGAGACUGACCACUCAAGGACUCCUCAACAUGGGAUGUGAUGUGUUUGUGGUGUAUGUGAGGGAUAGAGGCUCCGAGAAUUUAAGGCCAAACCAGCUCUACAAUCCUCAGCUUUACUCCAUCGAGCGACACCCUAUACUUUCUAAACUCAAGGAAAGAGACCGUGUGUUGUCUGUCUAUAACAGCUUCCUCCCACACCAGGUGAAAUUCCUUGAGGACUGUCUCAAACGGUUGUGAUUAUAUCAUCCAUAUGAUGGUUGUGUUUUUAUUGUCCAUCUGACUGCUGUGAUUUUAUUGUUUAUAUUGCACUGGAGAAUGUGU